AUGGCUGAGCAGUUGAUUCUCAAGGGUACCCUCGAGGGCCACAAUGGCUGGGUCACCAGCCUGGCUACCUCCAUGGAGAACCCCAACAUGCUCCUGUCCGCUUCCCGUGACAAGACUCUGAUCAUCUGGAACCUCACCCGUGACGAGUCCCAGUACGGUUACCCCAAGCGCUCUCUCAAGGGCCACUCCCACAUCGUCUCCGACUGCGUUAUCUCCUCGGACGGCGCCUACGCCCUGUCUGCCUCUUGGGACAAGACUCUCCGCCUUUGGGAGCUUGCCACCGGCACCACCACUCGCCGCUUCGUCGGCCACACCAACGAUGUUCUGUCCGUCUCCUUCUCCGCCGACAACAGACAAAUCGUUUCCGGCUCCCGCGACCGCACCAUCAAGCUCUGGAACACCCUCGGUGACUGCAAGUACACCAUCUCCGAGAAGGGUCACUCCGAGUGGGUUUCCUGCGUCCGCUUCAGCCCCAACCCCCAGAACCCCGUCAUUGUCUCCUCCGGCUGGGACAAGCUCGUCAAGGUCUGGGAGCUCAGCACCUGCAAGCUGCAGACUGACCACAUCGGCCACACCGGCUACAUCAACACCGUCACCAUCUCCCCCGAUGGCUCCCUCUGCGCCUCCGGUGGCAAGGACGGUACCACCAUGCUCUGGGACCUUAACGAGUCCAAGCACCUCUACUCCCUCAACGCCAACGACGAGAUCCACGCCCUCGUCUUCUCCCCCAACCGCUACUGGCUCUGCGCUGCCACUGCCAGCAGCAUCAUCAUCUUCGACCUCGAGAAGAAGAGCAAGGUUGAUGAGCUCAAGCCCGAGUUCACCGCUGUCGGCAAGAAGAGCCGUGAGCCUGAGUGCGUGAGCUUGGCCUGGUCCGCCGACGGCCAGACCCUGUUCGCCGGUUACACCGACAACAUCAUCCGUGCCUGGGGUGUCAUGUCGAGAGCAUAA